CGUGUAUGCCGAUUAAUCAAGGUUUUUUUUUCUAUUAUUUGUGUUUAAUGACGAGAGCGGUUAAUUGACCAUGAAAGCGAAUCGUUCGUGAUUAUAACAACUCCUCUUUAUCAAAUCGCAUCAAGCUGUAAGUUAUUAUCUUAACUGACCAUGAUAUUUAAACACAAGUAGUAUAUUGAUGAAGUAAAUUUGCAAGACACGCAAUGUCGGGACAUAAUUCACAAGAAGACGCAGAAGCUGACAGGAUUCUAAUGGUGAAAAAAAUUCUAAGUGCUGCUUUUUAUGCGCUGGCAUCGUUUAUGAUAACGGUAGUAAAUAAAACAGUAUUGACGUCGUACGCAUUCCCUUCCUACCAAGUAUUAGGCUUAGGACAAAUGUUAGCAACGAUUUUGGUACUUUGGUGCAGUCGAUCCAUGAAAAUGGUUCAAUUUCCAUCAUUAGAUAGUAGUGUCGCUCGCCGGAUUUGGCCACUACCACUGAUCUACAUGGGUAACAUGGCCACAGGACUAGGAGGCACAAAAGAACUUAGCCUACCUAUGUUUACAGCUCUAAGAAGAUUCAGCAUACUUAUGACAAUGAUUCUUGAAAGAUUUGUACUUGGAAUUAAAGCAUCUUGGCCCGUACAGGCUAGUGUAUUUGCAAUGGUUGGAGGUGCACUACUAGCUGCUGCUGAUGAUGUAACAUUCUCCUGGACAGGUUACACCCUCGUACUAUUAAAUGAUGGAUUUACAGCUGCUAAUGGUGUUUAUAUGAAAAAGAAAUUAGAUUCAAAGGAACUUGGCAAGUAUGGACUCAUGUAUUAUAAUGCUCUGUUCAUGAUAGUGCCAGCCACAGCAAUUGCUUGGUGUACUGGUGAUUUGGAAAGUUCUGCAGCUUAUCCUCAUUGGUCAGAUAUGCUGUUUUUAGCUCAAUUCUUAAUGUCAUGUGUUAUGGGGUUUGUUUUGUCCUACAGUGUUAUGAUGUGUACACAAUACAAUAGUGCCUUAACAACAACUAUUAUUGGUUGUUUGAAAAAUAUAUUAGUUACAUAUUUAGGAAUGAUAAUAGGUGGAGAUUAUGUAUACUCAUGGCUCAACUUUGUUGGAUUAAAUAUAAGUGUAUUGGCCAGUUUAGGUUAUACAUAUGUUACAUUUAAGCGCAAGCCAGCAUCAUAUAUGCUUCUAAACGAUGCUAAUAGCAAAGUCGAUACUGUAUAGCGAUGUGUUAAAAGACGAUCAACCCAAUAUCCUACCUGUAUUGUGUAGUGUUAGGGGUUGCUGCCAAAGAUGAUUCAUAUUGCCUGGUAUAAACAUGAUACUUAAACUAAUGAAUGAGCUCAAUACAAAUAAUGAGCAUAUUUUAUAAAUAGCUUGCAUAGUUUUAAUUAGGAUUUUAUGAAUAAAUAAAGUUGUAAAACCUACACAUUAAAAUAAUGUUAGUUGUCUUAGAUGUGAAUAU